UUCGUGUUUCUUCGUUUUCGUUUCAUGCGUUGGGUGGUUUACGUGCGUGUUUCGUCGGCAUAUUUGGUGUUACGAGUAAAUAUUAGAAACUUACAAUCGAUUUCAUGAACGCUUUUAAAUAUAAUAUAUCACCAGUUGCGUAUGCGCAUACCAGUAAAUAAUCCGCCGAUGUGAUUUUCUAAUUGUACCACCAAUUGCAAUUGAACCGGAUUCCGUAUUUGUAUUCUAUUGCCUUUGAAUUGGAGCGGUAUAAAUAUAUUCAAGAGUGGCCAUGGAACUGGUAGCGCUAGUGAAGGAGGGCUUCCAAAAUGUCGCGGAGCAUGCAGCCAGUUACAAGUUCGGACAGACGGUGCUCCGACAUGUUGACAAGGCGCUUUGGGUCCUGGAGAAAUGCGCACGCUGGGCCGUGCCCCCACCAUUGGACCCAGAAGAAAGGCCUCAACCAGAGCUCGUCCGACCGCUGCCGUGGGUGUUCUUUUUAAUGAUGCUGGUAGCCCUAAGGAUUACGCGGGAGUCCAUAUCGCUCGUAAACUUAGUACUGGGCAAGCCACCGCUUCGAUCUGCUGAUGUGGUGACAUACAUUCAAGGCAAACGUCGCUAUCUGCGCACCUUGAAGUACCAAGGCAACAGGAUGAUGAGGGCCCGUACGGGCACGACCCAUGAGCCGUGGUACAGCGGGCUGAGGUCGCUCUUUGAGUUCACCAUGUGCUUUAGAAGACAGUCGAUGCACUACGGCAACAACAAUACUACUAGAGUCAGCAACAACGAUGAAGUGCUGGUAGUGAAACGCAGCAAGCGCCCCCGUCAGGAGGAAAGCCCCGCGUCCACCAGCGAGGCGACCAUGGAGCGGCUCAUAGAGAAGAUGAUGGUUGACUUGGACGCUGACUCAGAUGAAGACUCCAGCUAUACGCUCACAAACGCCACAAGCCUGAAAAGUGAUAGGUCCGAAAUCGCCGAAUCUGACCAGGAGCCCACUCCGAGCGAGGAAUCCGCCCCAGCUAAAUCGGAGAACGAAACGCCCGCCAAAACACCCGAGCCGAACGUUACAGAAAAACCGGCCGACCAUCCGGCCGAGACCGAUAACCAUCCGGCCGAGACCGACCAACCCCAAGCCGAGGAAGUUACGGAAGAAUUCAAGCCAGCUCAAAACUGCGAAGACAAACAUCUGAACGCAGAACAACCCUCCCCCUUGGUCGACUCGCAAACAUUCAUCCAAACCGAGAAGAAACGAUACCAGAGGUCGCCAAGAAAGGACCAAAAAAUGGCGAACGGCCGGACAGUAAAGAGUACGUCCGAAAGAAACAUAGGAGGCGAGAAGCGGGACGCGGCUGUGGCCAGGGCUUCGUCGGCGGAUUUCAUCGCACGUGGGAAAAAAGAUAACUACAGGCAGACACCGUAAGCUUGUGGCGUCAUGCACAGUAACUAUAAGUAGAACAGUACUGAAGACUGUUUAUUGUUUUGCUCAUUUAGUUAACGUUGUACGGUUAUUUUAGGGAUACUUCUUGUUAUAUACUAUGUUAAGGAAUAAUUUUUAAAAUCAGCAGGUCCGAUAUUAUUAAUAUUCAUAAAUAAAUAAAUUAUUAACUUUUAAAUAUGACCCCGCAUGAAGAAAGAGUUGUUUUUAGUCCCUGAUAUAACGAUUAUUUUUUAAAUCAUUUAAUCAAUUAUAACUUUAUCGGCAUAUAAUGUAAUCUCUCUAAAAUAUCAAUUUAGUUUACGACGAUUAUAUUUUUAUUUAUAGCUCAGUUUAGAGCAAUUAAUUUUGUAGCGAGUGAUUGUAUCAUCUUGUAUAAGUUCUUUUUUUUAUGUUAACUAGGUAAACUAAGUCUAUAAUAAGAAAUAUCUGGGGUGGAGUAUGCUAGUGCCUUAGAUGUUAAUGUUUCGUCUCAUGACAUUCGAAUUACUACCUUGAGAGCAUUUACAGAGGGUUUAGUUUUGGACGGUCAAUGUGGUUGAAAUCUAGAUGCUGGGAUUUUCAAUGCAUUUAUGCGUUUUCUAAGUCUUUCUCAGCGAUGUAUAUUUCCCAUGUAGCAUAUUCUUGUGAAAAGUAAACAAAAACAAUAUUGACAAUCCUAAACUAAACGUACUGAUAACAUUAUGUAUGCUUUUUUAUUUAUUAAUAUUGUCCUUAAUCUGUAGUUUUUUAGGCUUUCACCUUGAUUUUGAAAUAUUUGGUCGGUGCUAAAGAUUCAUGUCGCUUGCUAAUAUAUAGUUUUACGAAAGCGAUGGCCCUAUUUCUAUUUGCAUACAGGCAUUUAAAAUUAUACACCUUCAGAACAGUCACCUUUCAAUCGCAGUAAGGUUCUUAUGCUUCAUGUGAAAUAAAGGAUUUUUAUCAGAAUUUCUGUGGGGAUUUCAAAUAGAAAGGUCCUUAUUGCAUUUGAAGUAUAAGGACCCAAAAAUCGUGGGUUCUAACCUCGUUUGUGCUGUAGAGCAGAAAAUAUCGUUGUCGAAAAACAAUGCAAAAUUACUACUAAAAAUUAUACCUUCAUACACGGAAAAGGGACACCUCGUAAGACCCACCAUAUAAAGUUUUCAAAUUUUUAAUUUGCACCUUAUCCUAUAAGUAAAUUAGAACGAAUUUCGUUUGUUUUAAAAAGCAAUGAAACAAAAGAAAUGCUACUUUAUAUGGUUCAUGAAAGGUUCAAAUUAGUUUGCACGAAUAUGUACAGUCGCCAUCAGAUAUAUCGGAGCGGCCAAGGUGUUCA